CUGACGAACGGGGGUUUCAUACACAUAUUUGAAAAUAAACAGGAUCAAUUAAACAGAAGAGGGUUUCCAAUCUGGAGACUGAAAUUUUGACAAUAAACUCAUUAAUGAUAAAAGCAUCAAGUAAUUGUGCUCAUAUCUGGAUGAUGGAAAGAAUACUUAAUUCGUUGUUUGGAUAUUUGAUAUGGUUGGGAAUUGAAGCGUGGAAAUGAGAAGUACCUGAGGCUGAGAAAGUCGGAUGGAAGCAAGAGCUAUGAAUUGUCACAGCGCGGAGGCCAAUCUUUUCGGGGGUUUGGACACCCUUUCCUGUGGGAUGAAACCGGAAGCAUUGUUUGCGGCUGCGGGAGAUGGAGGUGGGGGCUGACAGAGAUGAUGGGGCUGACGACGACGGUGGGAAGUGGGAUGGUAGUGGGCUGGCGGCGGAGGUGGGAGGUGGGGCUGACGGCGGUGGGUGUCACUGGAGGUGGGCAUGGGUGUCACUGGAGGUGGCCAGGCUGGCAGUGGGGGUGUUAGUGGGAGGUGGGCUGUGGUUCCCCUCAGAGAUUCAAAGAAAUAAUUAUAGUAAUAAUGGUAGAGCUGAAAGAACCCCAAGAAUUCUUGUCGAUUUCACGCCACUUGAUCCAUUUCUUCUCCAAGCUCUUCUCUUUCUGCAACUCCGUCCUCCGAGCGCGGGGCCGGGAUGGCACCACGAUCAAGAAACGCAGACGCCGUUAAUGCAGACACCGCUGAGGGAGGCGGGCCCGGGCGGUCUGGAACGACGACUGAUAGAGGAAAUAACACAGAACGACCGUCCGGGUCCGCCUCCGUUGGACGAAUCUUCAAUCCGUGCAAUACCCGCUGUGAGAGUCUCGGACUCUCAUCUGGCAAACGGGGCAACGAGGAGCUGCCCCGUUUGCAUGGAAGAGUUUGAGGUGGGCGGGGAAGCGAGGGUUUUGCCCCCCUGCAAGCAUAUUUAUCACAGUGAUUGCAUUGUUCCGUGGCUGAGGCUCCACGACUCCUGUCCCGUUUGUCGACAGGAGGUGAGUAUCGGGAUCGGUGGUGAUGGUGGCGCGGAGGAGGUGGAGAGGAGGAGGAGGAGGCCAAGAUGGAGGGAGCUUGGAGCUUCUUUGUGGCCUUUUCAAGCAAGGCAUAGAAGAGUUAACCCACGUGCUGACUUUGAUCAUCCCAAUAUUGAAACUUCUGCUCCAGAAGCUACAAGGGCACAGGGGUGUCACUGCACUAUCCUUUAGCAGUCGCAUGAAGGAGUUAUACUCCUACUAAAGAAGAGACUCUAACAAAGAAUAAAACAAAGCUUCAAUUCGUAU